AUGGUGGAGAUUGACAACUACCAGGACAGUAGUGCCCAGUCUAGUGAUGAUGUUGAAUCUAGUAAUGAUAAAAGUGACAGUGAAGAUGAGAGUAGUAGAGAUACCCAAACUGGUGAUGAGGAUGAAAAUCCCCUAUCUUUGCCAAUUUGUGCAAAAGACAUAUCUGUUUUUCCUCAUCUUGAAAAGUAUGCCAAGAAGUCCUUGAAUUCUCCUUUACCCAUUUCCCGUUUACUUAGAUGGUACACCGCAAAAAAUGAUAAUAUUAUCAAAGGUGAUCAAUUUAAGUACAAAGGAAAGAGUACAAAGGUUGUGCACCCAUACCUCACACCUAUUGUCCUUACUUCAUCAGUAGAGAAUGUGGAGGAUGAGUAUUUAAGUGAUCAAAAUCCUAAUCAACCUUGUGAGAAUUUUGUACCAAGUAAUUCUAAAGAUGAAAGUCUGUGUGCGCGUGUUGCAUCCCUCGAGCAAUCAAUGGUGGAAAUUGUUUCUUAUGUACGAGAGGAGAAAUUGAGAAGAAAUGAAAUGAACAAGAAAAAGAAAGCCUCUGAUCUUGCAGUAGAUGAUGAUAACUUUUCAGUACCAACAGUUGAUGACGAGAUCCUUCCAUUAGCUAUAGUCGAUGAUGAUCUUGCUGCAGUUGAUGAAUACUUUGCUAAAGAAGUUGAUGAAGAGAUGAAGGAAGAGGAGAUGAAAGAAGAAAAGAAAGAACAAGAUGAGGAGAAGAUGACAGAAAAAGAAGAAGAGAAGCUGGAAGAGAACGAUGAAGAAAAAGAAGAGGAUAAUUGGGUUUUCCCUGAUUUGAAGACAAUUGAUUUUUUGAGAUGGUUUUUUAAGACAAUUAGUUUUUGA